ACAGGGCACCACAGAAGUACGGAGAGAAGCACAACAUCACAGCACACAAACAUCACGCGCACGGAUCCAGCAAGCCAGAAGCCGAGCAGGAGCCAUGGCGCGAUCAGCAGCGUACGUUCUCGCAGCCACGGCAAUCGCGUCUUCCACGACAGCCUUCGUGCCAAUGGGAGGCGCCAGGUUAUCUUCCGCGCCGCAAGCCACGGCAGAGCGGAGAUCAGGCGCGUGUCGAAGGGGACGACAGACCGACGCCGCCGCCGCCGUUGCCCCGCUGUCGAUGGCCAUUCGGGCGGUAGAGAGCUACAACGCGGACUUCGAGUUGGAGGAGCAGACGGCGGCUACCCUGGACGGGUACCUUCGGCAUAAGGACAUGAUCGCGGAGGUGUGCAAGCAAUUCGACUGCGAAAGCGCGGAAUACGUCGGUGAGAUCUUCCAGCCGGUGCCGUACAGCCAAGCCACCCCCCAGGGAAUGCCGAAAGACAUCGAGGAGAAAUACUUCCUGAACGAACAGUACGGGAUCGCAAACAUCCCUCCGGUGGUAAUGUUCAACGCCAAAAUCUUCAAGCCAUCGAGGUUGUGUGCGGUGUACAAGGUGGAUGGGCUGUCCGAGGAUGCGAAAGCGGUCCUUAACGAGCGGAUUCUUCGGCUCAGGGAGAACGAGAAGCGCAAGAAGGAAGAAGCGGAGCUGGAGACACCCUGGGAUGACAUCGGGAGCGCGUUUACGGAGGUCCACAACAUGCCCGUGGGAUCGGACGAUGAUGACGUCGACCUCGACAGCAUGGUCGUUUAGUGGGGUGUUUGAUCAUCAUCGGAUAGUCGCGUUUAGUCGAGAAGAGCAUGUUGUAUCUUGUGGUUCGCCGGUAGCCAUUUUGGUCUAGUCCUUUCGGUUUGGGGGAAACGGCGUCGUGAGAAGUUGGUAGAUCGUAUUGCUCGCCGGCAACGGCAAAAGAUAGGUUGAUGCAUCAUACUUCGUACUGUCCUGUCGCUGGCCAGUAACCAAGAGGUCUGGUUAACUACUGGGAUUUGAUCGAUUAAUCCUGCUUCCGGAAUUACCGCGCUGUCGCUGAAAGAAGAAUGGUUUGGCUCUUCCAGACCGCUCUCUGGAGAGGACUACAGCAGUGUUCACAUGCGAUUCGUCGGGAAUGUGUGGUAUCCACAUGUUGCACUGGCGUUGUCGUUCGUUCCGAUGCUUUGCCUGGACGUUGGGUUCUUCCGACCGUAUUUAAGGGGAGGAUGUCCUUUUUUGCGAUAACGCCGCCGACACCGCUUGGGUGAAGUGAAGUUUGCUCAAAAACCUCGCCCUUUCCCGUAACACGCGCAAGGUUGGUGUUGUGUUUUUCACAACGUGCGACUUCCUUGCCGUCCUUCCUCCGAUAGCUGUCUUCGGCAAGUCACACACUGGGACUAGUCGUGGCUUCCGAUGGGCAACGAAGGCAGCAUAUUUCUCAUGUGGUGGGCAUUUCUUGAACAACAUCGCAACACGGAUCCACCAACUCCAUCGUUUUCAAUUUUCAACACCCUGCCCCAUACAGACCAGAUGCCGUAUUCCGCACAUUGCCAACCCUCUCAGAUCGAUCGAGCCGAGCCUAGCCUAGCAGCGACGGCCGCUUCACACAUCGAUAAUUAAAAAAAAAAAAAACAAUCCCACGCCCACGCCAGAUUCGACAAAAACAACCAACAACAAAAACGCAACAACAACGCGUACUAGUAAAGACAAGUCACAAGAAAGUAACAAAAGAACAAACCUACACAUGGCAGAUAAUGAUACACCAGCGCGUUCGCAUCUUCGAGUUCGAGGGCAUGAACGUGACGUUACACGCGACGCAACGUCCUCCCCUCCCCUCCCCUCUCAGCGCAAUACAACUUUCCCCUUGCGUGCCCUGUGGCAAGUAGCUACACGGCGCUACAUGCGUUUGAAGACACGACGUUGUCCCUCGACGCCGAUUCAAGGGCGCUUGAAUCCCCCGCGCACACACGCAACAAACUUGAAGUCGACAUUUUCUUUUUUCGUCGAUCAAACGAGCAUCCGCGAAGAAGAGCGAAUUCCGUUUCGAUGUACGUCCCCGUUCGAAGAUUCAAAGUUGUUUCAAGAGGACACCGCGGCAGUGGCCUUAUUAAUUUUCCUUUUUUGCCGUGUAUCCCAAGGGAUCCUUCCAUGCACCUACUACUACAGCUUUUCGGAUACCCAACAAGAAUAACAACUAGCUGCCCUAUUUAUCACCCUUGCAUUCUCAUAUGACAUUGCCGAGAGGUGCUGCCACGGAGUUCGAAAAUGCAACAGCUGUUGGCAACUGGGUUCCUGCUUAGUUUUGUACGAUGUUUGCGUCUCUGCCUCUCCUCUUUUCUUCUCUCAUCGCAGCAGUACCACAGAGAUCAGGGGUGUCCUUUCUUGCCGCUGUUUAUGCCACCCCCCCUAUAUGUUUUUUAAUUAUACCACCUCAAUCGAAACACUCGUUACCAUCACCCC